UAUACUUAUAUAUGGAGGUGUCAAUCAAACAGGAUAUCAAUAUUCUGGUCUAGCAGUUCUGAAUAUUUUAAAUUAUGUGUGGACAGUAAUAUCUUCGACUGGAAGCGCAUCAUCUUUAUUUUCAAGUGGCCACAAAGCUACACUCUAUUUUGAUAUUAUAAUUUUCGCAUUUGGUGAAUUCCCUUUCAAUAACUCUCGUUAUCUUAUGGAUACCACAGUAAGAAUUCUCAAUAUAUCAAAUGGUCAGUAUAGAUGGGUUAAUUCAUUCAGUCCUCCUCCAACACCUCUUUCAACUCAAAACCAAAGUAUGAAUAUUCAGAACCCGACUUCAAAAACAAAUAUAAUUAUUGUUGUAUCUACGAUUGGUGGCAGCACUGUAUGCAUCAGAAUGUUAGUAUUAAUUGGGUAUAUUAUUUAUAAGAAAAAUCGAUCAAAAGAAUUUAGAGAUGUAGCGGAAAGUAAUAAUGAAAUCAA